AUGGGGCUUUCGAGGGUCAUGAUGCCGCAGAAGUUGCAGCUAUUAGCCGUGCUGACGUUCGCCGUCACCAUGCUUUUCAUCGAGAACCAGAUCCAAAGACUGGAAGAGUCCAGAUCCAAGCUGGAGCGCGCCAUGGCCAGACGCGAGCUGUCUGAAGUGGAGGCAGCGGAGCUUCCGCAGCGACAACGUGGCGAAGAAGACGACGACGACACGGUGAUCAUCUAUAACCGGGUUCCCAAGACAGCCAGCACGUCCUUCACCAACAUCGCGUACGAUUUGUGCGCUAAGAAUCGCUUCCACGUGCUGCACAUCAACACCACCAAGAACAAUCCCGUCAUGUCCAUACAGGACCAGAUGCGUUUCGUUCACAACGUCACCUCCUGGAGAGCGAGGAAGCCCGGUUUCUACCACGGCCACGUGGCCUACCUGGACUUUUCGAAGUACGGCAUCACGGGCAAACCCCUGUACAUCAAUGUAGUGCGAGACCCUAUAGAGCGACUGGUGUCCUACUACUACUUCCUGCGCUUCGGAGACGACUACCGGCCCGGGUUGCGGCGGAGGAAGCAAGGCGACAAAAAGACCUUCGAUGAGUGCGUGUCGUCUGGUGGCUCUGACUGCGCUCCGGAGAAACUCUGGCUGCAGAUUCCCUUCUUUUGUGGGCACCAUUCGGAAUGUUGGAAUGUGGGCAGUCAAUGGGCGCUGGAGCAGGCCAAGUAUAACCUGGUCAACGAAUACCUGCUGGUGGGUGUAACCGAAGAGCUGGAGGACUUCAUCAUGAUCCUGGAGGCCACGCUACCGCACUUCUUUAAGGGGGCCACUGACCUCUACAAGAAUGGCAAGAAGUCCCACCUACGCAAAACCACCGAGAAGAAGCCCCCAACCCGGGAAACGGUGAGCAAACUGCAGCAGUCCAAGAUCUGGAAGAUCGAGAACGAGUUCUACGAGUUUGCGCUGGAGCAGUUCCAGUUCGUUCGAGCCCACGCCGUCCGGGAGAAGGACGGCGAGCUGGUCGUUCUGGCGCAGAGCUUCUUCUACGAGAAGAUCUACCCCAAAGCCAACUGA